UUACCGCGCCCGCCUCGGGUCUGAACGGGGAAAGAAGAGGGGCCGGGCGGAUGCGGACGGACCGGUCUGCCGGCAGAGGCUAGGGAAAAGCAGUGGCGGACUAGUCAGGUGCAAGACGGGUACUAGUACUGCAGCAGAUCGAGCGGCCAAGCCCGGGGAGACGCGUGGGGGAACAGAGACGGAGGGAGGGAGGGAAAGGGACAAGGGAGUAGAAGCCAGCGGGCGCGAUCUCCGGAGCGCAGCGGAGCGGGGGGCCAUGAGGAUCCGGAAGCGCACCCCGGCCAGGGCCGCCGACCCGGGGCCCGCGUCGGCGGCGCUCUCCGGCUCCGCCUCGCCGCCGCCGCGUCCCCCGCCGCUGCAGCAGCAGCAGCAGCUGCCCGAGGAGGGAUCCCGCGAGGAGGCGGAGGAGGCGGAGGAGAAGCGGGUGAUCCUGGUCGCCGGGGUCCGCGUCCAAGAAGGAGACGGCGACCGGGUCCCCGCCGCCGCGUCCAAGGACAGCGCAACGGACGACGUGCCGAAGCCGGAGCCGGAGCCGCAGGACGCCGGCGCCCGGUGCAGCCGGAACGACGGGAAGCGGUGGCGCUGCAAGGGCGCGGCGGUGCCGGGGUACCUGUUCUGCGACCGCCACGUCGCGUGGUCCACACGCAAGCGCAAGCCCAGGCCCAAGAAGCACAAGCAGCAUCAGCAGCAGCACCACGGCGUCCUCCUGGCCCCCGCCGCGAAGGACGAGGCGGCGGCGUCGGCGGAGGGGGACAUGCCUCAGCUGGUGGGGCGCGGCGACGGUGACGACGACGACGACGGCUUCUUCAGCGGGUUCCAGAAGCGGGCGAGGGUCGGCGGGCCUGGGCCGGCGGCGUGACGAAGGCCGUCGUGCUCUGCUCCGGGAACCAACCCCUCUGCUUUUUCCGGCUGCAACUGAUUGGCACGAGUCGCACGACCGCGUAGGUGCAUCUGCAUUUCGCGUUUGCGUCCAAAUCCUUCUCGAUUUUGAUGCUGGUA